UUCCUAUGCGCGUCAGGAACACCGCCAACAAGCAGCAGCAGCAGCAGCAGCCUCCUGUCCUCUCAUAAGGGAAUAAUACAGCUCCCCGGCGCGCACACGAGACUGAGCCGAAAUAUUCAAGCGACUGGAUACUAACUGAGGAACACAGAGGUUCAGUCGGGGACUUUGAGGAGCAACGUUCACACCAAACCCCCGCCGUGUGAGUGUUUCAGUCUGAACCCAGACAGGAUGACCCGCGCCGCCGCCGACGCCGCCGUGACCUGCCUCCUCGCCCUCUCCCUCGUGCUCAUCAGGGACUCGGCCUCCCUCUUCUUGCCCGACUCCAAGGAGCUCAGGCAGCUGCUGAGCCGCUACGAGGAGGAAGCCGAGCAGAACCCCACCGCCGGCAACAGGACCCGUCGGUCCAUCCGCUGGUCGGACCGCGAGGAGAUCCUCCAGCUGCACAACAAGCUGAGGGGCAGCGUGUACCCCACUGCCUCCAACAUGGAGUACAUGGUCUGGGAUGACGAGCUGGAGCGGUCCUCCACUCAGUGGGCUGAGGAGUGCCAGUGGGACCACGGACCUCAGGACCUGCUCAUGUCUAUCGGACAGAACCUGGCAGUCCACUGGGGCAGGUACCGCUCACCUGCCUUCCAUGUCCAGGCCUGGUACGAUGAGGUGAAAGACUACACGUACCCCUACCCUCACGAGUGCAACCCCUGGUGUCCGGAGCGCUGCUCGGGGCCAAUGUGCACCCAUUACACCCAGCUGGUCUGGGCAACCACCAGCCGAGUGGGCUGCGCUGUGCACGUGUGUCCGAAGAUGAACGUGUGGGGGGAAAUAUGGGAGAACGCCGUUUACCUCGUGUGCAACUAUUCCCCAAAGGGCAACUGGAUUGGGGAGGCUCCGUACCAGCAUGGCCGCCCCUGUUCUCAGUGCCCUCCCAGCUUCGGAGGAGGAUGCAAAAAUAAUUUGUGCUUCAAAGACUCUCAGCGCUCCGAGACCGAGGACAUGAACGAGGUGGAGAAGCCUCAGGUGCCGCUGCCGCCUCGCACCACCGCCAGACCCGUCCCCAAACCUAAACCGUCCGCUCCGAAGAAACCCGUGUCCAAACCCUCCACGCCGAGGGCUACCGCACCCAAGACACCACCUGCAAAAACUCCCAGCAGCACCUUCCUAGUUCACAACAUCAAGUGUGAGACUAGACUGAGAGACAAGUGUAAAGGAGCAACCUGCAACAGAUUCAAGUGUCCUGCCAACUGCCUGAAUAAGAAAGGGAAAGUUUGGGGAACCGUCUCUUACGAUGUGCAAUCAAGCAUUUGCCGAGCUGCCAUCCAUUCCGGCGCCAUCGACAACAACGGAGGGGUGGUGGACGUCACGAGGACGGAGAAGUUUCCGUUCUUUGUCAGAUCCACGAAAAACGGCGUCGAGUCUUUGAGCAAAUAUAAACCUGGCAAUGCCUUUGUGGUGUCCCGAGUGGAGGAAAUGAGCGCCGACUGCUACACCACGGUGGCUGAAAUCUGUCCUUUCAAAAGACUCACACCCUCACACUGUCCAAGAAUUCUUUGUCCAGACAACUGCAAGAUGCAGCCUUCCUACUGGUCACCUGUAAUUGGAAACAACAUCUACGCAGAUACCUCCAGCAUUUGUAGAUCGGCCAUCCAUGCAGGGGUGAUCAAAGCGGACGGAGGUUUAGUCGACGUCCUGCCACUGGACAAGAGAAAGACCUACACUGGAAUCUUGAAAAAUGGCAUCCAGUCUGAAAGCAAAAGCAACACAGACGGCGGCUCCUUCCGGCUAUUUGUUGUGAGGCAGUGAGACGUCACUUCAGAAGACCAACAGUCACCUCAGCUGCCCUGGAAAAGCCGAAAGUGCCCACAGGUUGGAUACCACAGCUGUUCGUCUGUUUCUGUGCCUUCAGUGGACUCACAACAGACUGAUAGACCCUCUCCUCCCCCCCAGUUAUCAAACAGUAAAAAUGACCCAGUAAAGAUCCUCCAAUAUGUUGAUAUGCUUAUAUAUAUAUUUUUUGUCAUCUUUUCCUAGACGUACAGAAUAUUUUAUAUAUUAUGAUGCAUUGAACAGCUGGUGCUGGAAUCUCUGAGUUAGACAUGUUUUACAGAAAGUAUUAUGUUUACAUUGAUGUCCUAAUUACGAAUAUAAGUCGGUUUUCAUACACAGGAAUGUAUACUGAUCACACUGUAUUUAAUCAUUGUGUACAGAAUAUAUGAUUUUUUUUUUUUUUAAAGGAGUACAAUAUAUUUACGUUUUUUUCAGAUUUAAAAAAAAAAUAAUCAACAGCCUUCUCUUUCUCACCAGGAUAAUAUUUUCUCAUCCUGAACAUUUAGACUCUAAAGUCUAAAUUGCAUUUAUGAGUUAAGUGCUGUGCUUGUUGUGAAGGUUUUGUUGGUUGGGCAAACCCGAAAUUAUCACACAGAAGGAGAGGAAGCAGUGUGGCGAAUGAAAGUGUUUACAGGCAGCAGGCGCUGCUGGAGGAAAAUGAUGUUUCCCUGAGGAAGCUCGGCGCUGCUUCGGUGCCAGGCAUGUGGAGGUGAUCAAGGGAAGGACAGCUGGAGAGUUGCUGCAGAUGGUCCUUCAGAACGUUGGCAUUAUUCACAGAGAGCCGAUUUGUUUAUAAUAACAGACAGCAAUAAUAUCCCAUUUUUUUUAUAUUUAUAAGUGCUUCGUGCUUUUCUCAUCUCUUGAUUUCUCUCGUCUUGGUUUUAUAUAUUAUAAAGAAGUUUGCCCCGUCCCCACCUUGGACAGAUGAAUGUGUUGUGUGUUACAGAUACACAGAGAGAGUUUUUAUUGUAGAAACUAGGCCACAAUUUGAACGGUGUGAAUGUGUGAAAGAUUUAUAUCAUCAAACUGCAACUUAUGCACUUUGGAACAAUUGACUCGAUGCAGGAGGCGCCCGUAAAAUCCGUCACUGUGCUGGACUGAGGCGUCGUUGGUGCCGACCUGAUCAGUACCCUGUACAAACUAAUUAAUGGAAACAGAUGUAAAGUCCGGUUUGUGCUGCAGGACCGGUUGGGGUCGUAAAACACACAUUAGAGUACCAUUGAACCUCGUUGCUUCGCCUGUCGGUUUUCUCGAGAAUACAGAAGAUGAGUGAAAAAAAACUGCAGAUGUAUUCCUUCAAGGAUAUUCCAACUUCCUAUCUCUUUAUUCUACCUCAGUCCUAUCGCUACGCAUUUUUUCUAUACGGGAAUCUUUAUAGGGAAAAGUUUUGUAAAGUUACGGUAACUGUAAAUACUUCUUUUUAUUAUUAUUAUUUUGAAUCAUCUUCCUUUAUGCAGUAAGAUUAUAAUUAAAAUGUGUGAAUAUGU